AUGAGUAGUUUAGAAAAAAACGAUGAUGGAAACGAGGAAGAGUUUCACGCGACGAUUUCGACGACGAUUUCGACAAUAGAACAACACGAAAAGGAAGGGAGGAGGAUGCAAAAUCAUCCUUUAUAUCACGGAACAAACCUCGCACCGAAAGCGUUAAUAUUCGAUUGCGACGGGACUAUUUUAGAAACCAUGACGUUAUUCUUCGUCGCGGAUAAACAAACGUGCGAAGAAUAUGGAUUAGAGUUGACGAAGAAACGAUUUUACGAACUCGCCGGGGUGCCGAUAAAAGAGAUUUUUAGAAUAUUGAGAGACGAGCAAGGGAAAACGGAGGAAGAAAUAACGGAAGAAGAUUUAGAUCGAAUGACCUUACGAUGUGGCGAAUUAGCAGAAGAAAUGGGCGCACCGGAGAUCAUACAGAGCACGGAAACCAUCAUCAUGCACGGGAAGAGGAACGGGGUACCGAUGGCGGUGGCGUCGAGCGGGUGCCGCGAAGUCGUUCGAAUGCAUUUGAAGCAAAGAGGCCUGUUAGAUUUAUUCGAUUGCGUGGUGACGUGCGAAGACGUGGAGCGUGGGAAACCGGCGCCGGAUUUGUAUUUAUUAGCCGCGAAGAAGUUACGCGUAGAUCCGAAAGAGUGCACCGCGUACGAGGAUGCGUCAUUAGGCAUCGCCAGCGCCAAGAAAGCCGGAAUGGAUGUAGUCGACGUGAGACAGUUAGAAGGGUACCCGAAUCCCGAGGCGUUGUUGUAUGACAAUUAA